AUGGACAACAGCUUCUCCAACGAAUCAUCGAAAGGGUUAUACGGGCUCUUCCUCUGCCGAGGUGAUGUUUCUAGCACUAGUUGCCAAAACUGUGUCAAUGAUGCAACCAAACAAAUCAGAGAACGGUGUUUAGCUAAUAAAACGGCAAUCAUGUGGUAUGAUGAGUGCAUGGUUCGAUACUCGGGCACCAACUUCUUUGGAGUAGUAGAGAUUAUGCCAAAGUUGCUAAUGUAUAGCACUGGUACUAAUAAUUCAGAGCCUGAUAAACCUGAUGUUGAUGUACAAGCUCUCAUGUACCCAAUGAUAACCGACGCUGCCAACUCAAAUAUGUUGUUCAAGACUAAUGAAUCGCCGGGUAACAACGAGUCUCUACGCAGAUAUGGCCAGAAUUGCGUCCACCACAACCAGCUCCACAGCCACCGCCUGAUGAUAAAGCAUAUUUCCAUCAAAUCGCAUGUUGUAACCGCAGGAAAGAAAGAAAACAACACAACAAUGAUUGUAGUCAUCACCUUAUCGUCGGUCGCAGGGGUUGCAGCUCUGUUUGGUUUAUUGUAUUACUUCUUCUUUGGCAAGAAAAAGGGACAAGGAGAAAGCCAACAAUUUCUGUUUCGAAGUUCGGAAGGUUUACCUUCCACAGAGUUGGUAGACACGAGUAUGCUUAAAAGAGACGAUGACAAUAAUGGGGAGGUGAAGUAUUUCAGUUUAAGUACCAUUCGGGCGGCCACAAAAAGUUUCUCUGACACAAACAAGCUUGGAGAAGGUGGUUUUGGUCCCGUUUACAAGAUUAGAAUAUAUACAAUUGGAAUACUGAUUAAUGGGAAGGAGAUAGCAGUUAAAAGGCUUUCAAUGAGAUCCAGACAAGGUCUUGAAGAAUUCAAAACCGAAGUGAACCUAAUAGCGAAACUUCAACACAAAAAUCUUGUGAAACUCUUGGGGUGCUGCUUGGAGCAAGAUGAAAAGCUUCUUGUCUAUGAGUACAUGGCCAACACUAGCCUUGAUGCCUUCCUAUUUGAUAUAACGAAAUGUAUAAAACUGCACUGGGAUGUACGCACAAACAUCGUUAAUGGAAUAGCAAGGGGCCUUGUUUAUCUUCAUGAGGACUCUCGGCUCAAGAUCAUUCAUAGGGAUUUGAAAGCAAGCAAUAUUUUGUUAGAUGAUGAGAUGAAUCCAAAGAUAUCAGACUUUGGAACAGCAAGGAUUUUUGGGAAUAAUCAAAUCGAUGCCAACACUGACAGAGUAGUUGGAACUUACAGAUACAUGGCACCAGAAUAUGCAAUGGAGGGACUAUUUUCUAUCAAGUCUGAUGUCUACAGCUUUGGAGUUCUGCUGCUAGAAAUAGUAACUGGAAAAAAGAACAAUGGAAUCUUUGGAACAGAAAGAACGCAAAGUCUUCCUUCUUAUGUAUGGCAACAAUGGAGUGAAGACAAGGGAGAGGAGACGAUAGAUCCCAAUUUAAUCAAUGCUUGUCCUGUAAAUGAGGCACUCAGAUGGAUCCAUAUCUCAUUAUUGUGUGUUCAGGAAGACCCUAACGAUAGGCCUAAUAUGUCAUCAGUUGUUCUCAUGCUUCCAAGCAAAUCAUUGCACCUUCCUAAACCAUCAAAACCUCCAUUCUCUGCCGAUAGACUUUUCUUGUCUGAUCAAUUUUCAACCAGUGGAACAGGGACAGGGUUUCAAUCAUCUGACCAAACUUCAACUGGUGUUUCUUUCUAG